AUGGAUGAAUUUUGUUCCUGGAAGAAACUCCAUAUUUUUCGAAUUGCCAACAACAGAAUUUCUGAGUUAAAAGACUUGUCGAGAGUGACAUGUGUAUAUGAGCAACGCUCCUAUUUACAACAUCUUGACCUGUCGGGAAAUCCUCUGCACACCAUAUCUCCUUCUGCGUUUUCAUCUAUGCACCAACUGGAAACCCUGGACCUGAGCGACACCGGCCACCUGGCCGCGCUGGCCGACGACACGUUCUCGGCGCUGGGCCGCCUGCGCCACCUGCGCCUCGCGGGCAACCGCCUGGCGCGCGUGUCGAGCGGGCUGCUGGCGCCGCUGCACGCGCUGGAGAGCCUGCAGCUGCAGCGCAACGCCCUGGCACACCUGCCGGCCGACGCCCUGCGCGCGCAGACGCGCCUCCGCGUGCUCAACCUGGACUCGAACCUGCUGGAGGCGCUGCAGCCGCACCUCUUCGCGCGCCUGCACUCGCUGCAGCACCUGUCUGCGCGCGACAACCGCCUGGCCGCCGUGCCCUCGCUGCGCCUGUGCGCAUGCCCGCUGCGCACCGCACUCUUCGCCGCCAACGCCAUCGCCGCCGCCGACGAGGCCGCGGUGCGCGCGCUCUGGCGGCCCGGGUUCGAGCUGGGGGACCUGCGCGGGAACCUGCUCAGCAGCCAGGCCUGGCAGUGGGUGGGCAACGCCUCCGACGUCACCGUGAGUACGCAGCUAGACCCACAACUUUGCUCGGAUUCUAGGAGCCUCUGGACCAUCCGGCUGAAGGUGGGUUACGGUUUCAUUAGAACGUGUGUCUAA